GCUCCUGUAGUCUCUCCAGUCUCCAGUAAACAGCAGUCAUGGCGACAGUGGUCCAACCGCUCACUCUGGAUCGAGAUGUUGCGAGGGCUAUCGAGUUGCUGGAGAAGCUGCAGGAGUCCGGUGACGUCCCCGGUCACAAGCUCCAGUCUCUGAAGAAGGUCCUUCAGAGUGAGUUCUGCACAGCCAUCAGAGAGGUGUACCAGUACAUGCAUGAAACAAUCACAGUGAAUGGCUGCCCAGAGUACCAGGCGAGGGCCACAGCUAAGGCCACAGUCGCAGCAUUCGCCGCCAGCGAGGGUCACUCUCACCCACGGGUGGUGGAGCUACCCAAGACGGAGGAAGGGCUGGGCUUCAACGUGAUGGGCGGCAAAGAACAGAACUCGCCUAUCUACAUCUCCCGUAUCAUUCCCGGAGGCGUGGCUGAGAGGCACGGCGGCCUAAAGCGAGGGGACCAGCUCCUGUCUGUCAACGGCGUGAGCGUGGAGGGAGAGCACCACGAGAAAGCGGUGGAGCUGCUGAAGGCGGCCAAGGACAGUGUGAAGCUCGUGGUUCGCUACACCCCCAAAGUGUUGGAGGAGAUGGAGGCUCGCUUUGAGAAGCUCCGCACGGCCCGGCGGCGCCAGCAGCAGCAGCUCCUCAUGCAGCAGCAGCAGCAGCAGAACCUGGCCUCGCAGCAGAACCACAUGUCGUAGGUUGUUCCAAAAGAAGAAAAAGUGAAGGAGAGCGAGAAGGUGGAUCUCAAAGACCAUCUGUUUGUGUUGAAGAUCCCAAAGGAAGCUCUCCGUCGCGAAGGAAACCGACAAGUAAAAGACUCUUUUACGUACUCUCCCUCCCUUCCAGUGUACCACCGAUUACUGAGCAAAAACAACGAGAGCUGUUUGUCCUGAAACUGGUGCUUUGAGGGAGGCUAGCACUGAAAGUCGUCCAAUUUAACUUUGUAUUCCCUUUUAUAAGUUGUAUUCCCCGAUCGUGACUCUUACUGAAACUCCCUUUCUUGUGUUUGUUGUUUUGUUUACAGUCAUCCAUUUCUGAUUGCUUACCGACAUCCAGUACGCCGUGGCACCUUUGCCAUUUUGCCAUAGAUAUCAUUUGUACAGUGGUGUUUCUAUUGAUUCUUCAACUGGUGCUUGUGUCUCUGUAUGAAUGACCAUUGAUUUCUUUUUUUUUUGUGUGUGAGACUUGUCCCGUUUUGGAUAAACGUGAACUCUUUUUUACCUUCUAUAUUGUAGCAAGAAAAGAUUUUUUAUCUUGUAGAUUUAGCAAUAACAGACAUUCUUCAGUUUUACAUUUCAACACUAAAUUCACAGUCUGACACACGCAGCCGACACAGAGUUUAUGGGAUGGGUGCAAAAUGUAAAUCGUUGUAAAGCAAACUGGGUCUUAUGCACUGUAAGGCAGCUUCUGAGUCCAAAGCUAUCCUCUGUGCCAUUUAAAGAGAUUACUGAUUAACAGGUGGCAUGUACAAUUAAUGUGCAAUAACUGCAAUUCAUAGCCAACUUUGUAAGUUACUCCCAGCUGAGAUUUAUCCAGAAAACGAGUCACAGAGAGGUUCUGAUCAAUCCUCAGAAACAUUGCCUGUGUCCUACAAACAGAAUGUCACCAGUUGUCAUUUGAAUGGAGUGGGGAUUCGAUCAAAAUAGGCUAGAAUUAUGUUUAUUUUUCAGACUUCUCUAUUUUAUAGUUUAUGAGAGAUUUAACAUAAAGUUUUAUCGUUCUGUUAAAAUAUUACGUAUUCCUUCUAAGACGUGCAGAUUAUUAUUUAAAGUCUAUUUGUUGUACAACAGCUGAAAACUAGCACAUAGUUCAUGUAAAUCUGUUCCCUCUGUUUCAGUUUUGACUACGAUGAGACUGAGUAGAAUGUUCUACCUUCUUUUCUUCCUCUGUACCUGUGAGGAAAUCCUGUGUUCUCUGCCAAGUACCUGAGUCCAGAGUCUGUGUUUACUUUUCUAUCGUCUUCAUCAUUGGUGCUAAGUGCUCCUUGUUGUAUUUUUUUUUCUUUGUCAUUUUCUAUAGAUGGCACUCUUUUCUUUGUUUGUUCCACCAUGCAGACUUUAACCCCUACGAUGUUUCUUCUUCUCUUUAUCCCAAAUCCAAAACAUGAAACACAGAAUUCCUUGUUUGCCCGAGGAUUUUUUUUUUUCCAAGGAGAAUCCAACCAGAUGUGAGUCGAGAAUAUCCGAUGAAAAGCUGUUAAGAUGCAUUUUUAUGAAAAUGUUGCAGAUUAGUUCGUACAUCUAAUUGUACGAGUCCAGCCGAUGUUCCUCAUCUUCUUUUUAUGCGACGACAGCCGUGGUCGUCCGUCCCAUAUUUCAUGCGCAUGGUAUCUCAGGAACACCUGGAGGGAAUUUCUUUCAAAUUUGGCACAAACGUUCACUUGGACUCCAGGUUGAACUCAAUAGAAUUUGGUGGUGAAAGGUCAAAGGUCAAGGUUACUGUGACAAAACACGUUUUUGGGCCAAAACUCAAGAAUUAAUACAAAAUUUCACACCAAUGUCUAAUAGGAUAAAAUUAUUUUUACAUUUUAGAUCCAAAAGGUCAAGGGUCAACUUCACUGUGACAUAUUAUAUAUUCCACAAAACCACUUUCCUGACCAUUAUUCAGCACCAUACGUUUUCACUACAUACAUCAUUUGAGUCUGGACAGACAUGGAUUUAAACUGCAACUUGUCUGGUUGGCAGAGGCGUACAACUGCGAGGCGGUGAUUCUGAGUUGCAUCGUUAAAUCACAGGUACUCUUUCUUAAUUGAUUGCAUUUUUGAAGCUGAUGGUCCUGUACUUACCAUGAAGAUGAAAAAAGACAACAAACUGUUGAUAUGCAAUUGUUAUACAUACUAUAUUUGUAUAAAUAAAUCUAUGUGCU